CGCUUUUCUGUGUGUCUUUGACAAAAACAAAAUUUCCAUCACGCGUUUUAAGCAACUCUCGUUUUUUUUACUGUGUUAUCUCUCCAGCCAAGUUUCUUAUCUGGACAGACAAAAAAAACAACACACACAAGUUGCGUCAAAGUUGCAAAAGAACUUUGGUAUCGAAAGAGUUCUCACGCAGCUUUUUUUUUUUUAUCUUUUGUUCAUUCCACAUAACAACAUAAACCGACAAUGACCUCACCCCUGGACGAGAAAUUUGCUGGAACUUAUCGUAAGCUUUUCGAUACGAUUGAACGUGGCCAAGAUCAAUGCUCGACGGAUCGGUUGCAGACGUUACUCGGAGAGAAGAGUUCACAGUUGGCCCUCGGUCUCGCCGCAUUCACUGAACCUUCCUCCAAUGCUCGAAGCAAAGUGACAUCGGGCACUGUCACCAUCAGUGGACACACCAUAAAACUCGACAAGGACGAACAAGAUCUUGUCGUCACCUUGAGUGACUUGCUAAAAUUAAACGAAGUGCAGACCGCGUGCUUGUGGGAAGCGUACCGAAAUCAACUCAGUGAUCCACCCUCAACGGGAGCGGGUCACGGCAAACUAGUCGAUGAUGAAGGAUUGAUCAUGGCCAUGAUUGAAUUUUACUAUCAAGAUCGAUUAUCCCUUUUACGAUGCAUCAGCUCGUUACUGCGAAUUUCAUACACAGAAGAUCAUAUUUAUCGACACAUCGCCAAAGAUACAAUCGCCAACCUCCAGAACGAGACCAAAGACGGACUCGAUUUUAUUCAACGCAUAUUCAAUCAGCAAAAGGAACUGGUGCGCCAAUCGGUUCCAUCCAAUUUUUACUCUCAAACCUUGCUGGCCACGAUUUGGGCCAACCAGAAUCUCAGAGAACAGAAAGCGUUGUUGGAAAUCGUCUUUCUCAAUUACCUCACCCAGGCGUGUCCGGCUGAACGCAUUGUAUCCUUCAUUCAGGAAUUUGAAGCAAGCAACUUUGGCAUGGACCAAGUCGUCGCUUACUUGCUCGACAAAGAAGGCGAUUUGCUGCGCCAUCAAGUAUCGCAUCUCUGCAUUCUCGUUACCUUGGCCGUGAUGAAUAUUGCCAACUUCACAUUGGACGCCGGUCUACCGCAGACACCUUCCGAAAAGUUACUCGUUGAAUCGCCCGCCGCCGUGACCCAAAUCAAUCGCAUCGCCGCUUAUCUCGGCGAACAGAAACAACACGCGCCUUUCCUGUUUGCCUGGUCCUACGUCCUCAGCUUCAUCAAUACACACAUGCCGGAAACAGAAUGGCCCCCCGCUUUUGCCGACGUCAAAAAAGUCAUUGAUGGCGAACAAGACGUGCUAUCGACCGAUAUGUUGAUCAGUCGACCUUCGGCUCGGGCAUUCAGUGCGGGCGAAUCCAGCGGAGAACAGCGCACUGUGUCCAUCGUGCAAACCCCGGACGUCUAUCGAGCGUAUGCGGGCCGAGCCAUCAAGCUGGGCAUUUUCGAAUACCUGACGACGAUUCUCAACAGUGACGUAUGCAGUCAAGACGAUAUGAACAGCUACGGAUACCGAUGCAUGAUUCGCGAUUUGCUAAAAGCGUUCUUCUCCGUGAGUCGUCCUUGUUUCUUGCCUCCGGAGGCUUACGACAGUCUGGUCACUUGCACAUGCCAACUCUACGAUGGCCAAUCGGAAUUGUGCGGUACUUUCUGGUGUGAAGACUUUGACAAUGAAGAGUCCGGCUCCUUGUUAUCGACCGCCAAAGGCCGAUUCCCCGUCAACUUUACCGAUCUCCUCCGAAUGUUGUCAUCGCUUUCUGGCGCCAAAGAUGGGUCUGACAUUGGCAAGUUUUCGUCGGAAGCCGUGUUCAAAUACCUUUGCACCAUCCCGACCAUGACCGUGAUGGUCAAAGACAGCGCCAUCAUCCAGUUGGAAUCCAACGGCGAUGCAACGGUGGCCAUGCUCGAACAAGCGUUGAGGGUCACGGGCGAAUUCGAAAACAUUGCCGGCCUCGUGCUCCCCGCGCAAACCAAGGGAUUGUUGCUUUCGACACCCGACGAACAGCGUGUGAUUCAGUGGCGCGCGGAAUACUCGGGAUGGCAUUUACUCAUGUCCGUGCUGGCGAGUUUCAUCCAUCAGCGACGUAUUGUGUCUUCGAUUGAUAUUGAGGAUUUCGACGAUCAGCUGGGUGGACAAAAGUUGGAAGUCGUGGACACCAUUUUGCAGUUGAUUCAACGUGUGCUGGAGAACAAUCCGACCUUGAGUGCGCCAUUGGUUCAGCAUAUCGAAGAAACCUGUCGAGCCAAUGCUACCGUGCAAACCAACGGUCCGCCGGUCCUUAUCACGCUUCUGUGCUCGAUCCUCACCCACUGCAGUACCUUGGCGGCGUGUCCCGUGCCGACCAUUACAGCCACCCUUCAAUGUCUGACGGCUUUGUUGCCGUACUAUCGCAACGAGAUUUGGGUGUAUCUGCAAUCGGCGCCGAUUCUUCCUCGACCCAACACAAGUCAUCAUUUGGCCGCCCGGUUCUCCACCGCUUACUCCAUCUCGACCGAUCCCAGCUCUCAAAUCCAGCACCUCGUUUCCAAAGUGGAGCAUAAAACCGGUCGAUACUCGUUACUGAUUGCUUUCCUGGAUCUCGUCACUGCCCUCGUACGCGAUGUUCAACGCAACUGGUGGAUUCAUCAACCGGUGGAACGCAACCUCGGCGACUUUUCGCCCAAUCGUCAAUACCAAGUGGAAACACUCUACUUUUGCUUAUACUAUCUGAUGCUGGACGUGUUCCCUUGCUAUGCCAAUUGGCGUUACAAGAAACUGUCGGAACGAUUUAUCAUUGGUGCCAAGGUGUUACGCAUCCUCAUCGAAGUGGCGCAGUACUUCCGCGAAUUCGAAACUGGCGAUCGUCAUUUGACGCUGGGCGGGCUUCGCGAUGGCAUCAUGAGCAAUUUCUUGUAUGAAGGCGGAGCUUACCAUAUCAAUCCUCUCCUGGAUACCAUUUCGGAUGGCGCCACCAUGGCCAACAAACUGUAUCAGGCGGGUCAACUCAAGGAAGCCGUGGGUGCCGAGAAGCUCACGGAACUGACGUUUGUCUUUGUCAAACUGUUAUUGCAACGCCGCGUCGAAAUGAUACAAAACGGUUCGGAAUUGCACGAGAGCGCUCUGGAACGAUUGCUCCUGGAACGCACCACAGGAACCAACAGCCCCGACUUUUUAUUGCGCGUGGCCAAACACAUCCAUUACCGUCACCAAAUCAAGUUGCCGAUUCUCGCCACCAACGUGAUCACGCUUCUUUGCCGCACCAUCACGGCGUGGAAAGUGACGCCGGACUUUGUUCAGUACCUCGGCGGCACCGAUCAGGCUCACGACAUCAUUCGCGCUUACCUUACGUUGGCCAAGGACCCCUCCCAAAACGAACGAUUGCUGACUUGCAUCUGGCAAAUGAUCACUCUUUUACUGGAAACGCAGCCCAGCUUGGCCAUUCUUUUCUUGGAAUGCGGCGAUUACAUCCUGCCCAGUCCAAAGUCGGCCGUCAAACUUUUGCAGGAACAGCACUUGAAGCAGUCCAACGAUACCACGGGCACCCAACCGAUGAACGAGUCUGCUGUUCGUGCCGCAGUCGACAUCCUUGGUGAGUGGCAAACCUUGUCGGUGGAGAAGCCUACCGUAUUGUCCAAUGUGUUGCGAUUCCUCGCCACCUUUUGGCAAACCGCUUUUGAUCACUAUGCUCUGGUCCAGCGUGCACGCAGCGACAAUGCCUUGUGGCAUGCUCUGGAACAGAUUUUAUUGAAUCCCAACAACGUGCCUGUCCCUCAGCCGACCGAUCCCAUUACCUUUCACAAGCGACAGUCGAUUGUAGGUGAGCACUCCGACACGAUGUACGAACCCAGCGUAUCCGAUCAAGACGCCAAGGUGCGCCGUCUUUGCUGUCUUCACGUCAGCAAAGCAUUGGCGUUGAGAAUCAUUGCCUUUGAACUGCAUCUUACGUCGGGUUUGGAUACCGCUUCUCGUCAAGCCAGCCCCUCCAAAGUCAGUGAACGACUACCUGCCGGACUCAAGAAUCUUCUGACGAAAUUGGGCGAACCGUCCAAACUGGCCGCGCUGCGUUCGUCGUACAUUGAGAACAGUUACCAGCCCAUCCUGGUGUCGGCCGUACAGCAAAAUGCAGAGUCGUUGGUCGGUUUGAUCGGCAUCUCCGAUACAUCUCGAUUGCUUUGUCGUAUUCCUCCCGUAGGCUUUGGUGAUGAUGACGCGCCUGGCGAAGGACGCCAAUACGGUGAUUCGUAUCUCUACGAUUUGCGAUUGGCUGAAGCUCGUAUCCAAUCGUUGUACCGUGAUGUGGCGAUGCGAUACAAUGGCAGCCAGACGCCCGGCACUCUCUUGACCCCCGAAUUAUUGGCGGUGGUCGAAGUUCGCAAAAUGGCGGAUCGUUUCAUUUCCAGCUUGUGUGCGGCCAACCACAAUUUCUCCAUCGUGGAUUCGGAAAUCAUCUUGCUUCGAUCUUUCAAACUGUUUACCGAAAUUGCUUCCAGCUACGUCAGUGAUUUGUUGUGGUCUGGCAAGGCUACGACGCCGGGUUCAAGCAGCCAACUGGAAUUCCUAAGUGCGCUGAUUCAACAUGCGAUUCAAGAAAAGCGGGACGACGGCGUAGCGCUCACGGCCUUCAACAUUCAGAUUCACUUCAUCCGUGGUCUGACCGAAGACUGGAUUCAAUCCAACCAAUCGAUCCUUACAGGCACGGACAAAACAGCGAAACGCCAAUUUGCGGAUAAAGCGUUUGAGCUUUUGGCCAUGUUCUGCGCCCUGUUGCGUCGUGAAAAUUUUGCCGUGAUGCACAGUCUGCCGAAUAACCCGGCCACAACAUGCCACCGUCCUUUACUGGAAGCGACGAUGCUUUGCCUGCGAACGUUGCGCGGGACCUACGGUCCAUUGCGAGAAUCGAAUGCGGUGAAAAGUGAUUUGGACAAUUUAAAGAAAUACCUGUCGGAUAUCCUGGAUGUUUCCUGCGAAAGCUUCAAGGUGAUUGUGACGGAAAUCGUGGCUUAUGGUGCUUCUUCCACCAAGGUCGAUCAGGGCGAAGCCGAAGAAUACAUGAAAGAUUUGACGGUGGUGAUUGCUCUGUUGGAAGAAUUGAUCAAUCCCGACUACGCGCUUCCAUCCACGGAAUGGUUACCGGUGUUUGCCAAAAACGAUACCGUGCCGACCUUGCUCAAACUGUUGCAUGGAGGCAUCGACCUCGUGGUGUCUGAAAUUGAAAGUCAAGCAUGCGCUACCAAGGGAUUCCACAGUCUCAGCAUUUCCCCUUAUGCAGAAACCGCGCUCUACUUUUUAUUGGCCCUGUCGAAUAUCCAAGCGGCGGCUGAUCAUCUUGUGGGCCACGGUGUGAUUGAUCUGUUCUGUAACAAUCGAUUGUCGCAGCAAUUGAAACAAGGUACCUUGGAUAUGUUUAUUCGAUUUGGCGAUAACAGCAGCAAUGGAUCGGCGUACGUGGAACGCAAUCCACUUCACAUCAUUUGGUGUCAAAUGUUGGGUGUGUCGAACAACAUUGCGCGCACGUUGGGCCAUUCCGAACAGGUGCUUCGCCAAGUGGUGGGAUUUGUUCAAGCGUAUGGAUGUCAAAUUGGCCGUGCCUUUGACGAAGCCAACGGAGCCAACGAUACGUUGUUGGGACUGACGCCUUCGGAAUCGUUAUCGUCGUGUCUUCUCGAAGAAAUUGAUCGUAUUACCAUGCUCAUGUUCAUCCUGUCAAAGCAUAUCGACAAACUGGCCAGUUACGCAGCCAACGUCUUUGUCGCGUACAAAGACUGGUCUCUUUUGCUGGUCCAGCGUUACCUCUACUUCUUCACUCAUCCUUCUCAUAUGCAAGCGCAAUUGUAUCCCAUUGACCAGAUCGAAAAGCAGCUUGCUCAAGUGCCUGUUUCCGACCCUCCCUCUACCACGCCCUCCACCAAAGACGUUUUACCCUCCACUUCAGUCCGCGAGACCAAGACGAGUCAACUGAUGCAACUCACGAUUCAAAAAGCGAUGCGGAUUCAACGAAAUAUCCUGUCUGCGCUCAUCCAGUUAACGGAAGCCGACAUUACAUUACGAGCCCCUGAGCCCGAGUGGCCAUUUGGCAACGUGGUCAUUAGUCCCAAUAUGCGCGUGGCAGUAGGUGAAGCGGCGUCUUUCGGUACGCUCAUUGAAAACAUCAACGUGGGGUUGAACCUGGUCAAACAGUGGCAGGCCGCCUUCAACGAUAACAGCACCAAGAAGACGGAAAUCAAACGCCGAAUUCGCGUGACGUUGGAUGUGAUUCAAAGCUGUUUCGUCUUGCUCACAAGUCAAGGUCUCUUAUGGAUGAACCAACCGAGCAUGGAUGAAGAUGCACGCAACGAGCUCGUCUCUGAUAACGUCAUGGACAUUGCCGAAAUAUUAACCAAAGUGGAGAAGAAAUUAGAAGGAUUUGGCAAAGAAAACUAAGCUCUCGCCGCAUUUACGAACUAUUCAAAUAUCUUUUUUUCUCUAUCUCAUUGUUUUCUUUCAAUCUUUUCUUUUUCUCUUCUUUGCUGCUGAUGGAUUUGCUUUCAAUAAAAUAACCGAAUGUGGUAGUUGCACUAAAAAG